GUACUCGAUCAAUUUCUGGCGGAGAGAAACGCCGUGUGUCAAUAGCUUGCGAACUAGUUACUUCGCCAUCGAUUCUUUUCCUCGAUGAGCCAACGUCAGGUUUAGAUGCCUACAACGCCUACAAUGUUGUAGAGUGUCUUGUAACCUUGGCGAAAGAUUAUCGUCGUACUGUAGUUUGUACGAUACAUCAACCAAGAAGCAAUAUAUUUGCUUUAUUUGACCAGCUAUUAUUGCUUGGAAAUGGUCACAUGAUAUAUUCUGGUGAUGCAAAUAAAUGUCAAUCUUAUUUUGAAAGUAUUGGUCAUAAAUGCCCUCCAGGAUUCAACCUCGCAGAUUAUCUUGUUGAUUUAACCAUGUACGCAGCGAAAUUCCGUGAACAUACGAAUGAAAAUCAAGAUACCAAUGCAAAUGGUUCUAUUUCAGGAACUCGACCUCUGCUACAAAGCCGGAAUUCAAUUCAUGAGAUUCAGGACUCACAAUUAUACGCACCAACUUUAUUUUUACGAGCAAGAAUGUCCAAAAAACUGGUUUUACCAGCACCAGAACCACCCAAUAUUGCCAUAACUUCACCAGGCUUCACAAUCCC